AUGGCUGCUCUCGCUGGCAAGGUUGCCAUCAUCACCGGUGGCUCCAAAGGUAUUGGCAAAGCGACUGCUCUUCGUCUUGCGCAUGAUGGUGCCAAGGUGGUUAUCCAGUAUCUCUCCGAUGACAAAGGGGCCCAGGAGGUGGUGAACGCAAUCGGAGAGCAGAACGCCCUGGCUGUCAAGGGAAAUGCAGGUAGUGUGGCCGACAGCGACGAGCUGAUCCGACAUGCGCUGGAAAAGUUCGGUCAAAUUGACAUUCUCAUUGCCAAUGCCGGUUCUUUACCCAUCAGAGACCUCGCGAAUACCUCAGAGCAAGACUUCAACGACUGCAUGGACACGAAUGUAAAGGGACCAUACUUUUUGAUUCAGAAAGCGGUUCCUCACCUCCGCCCGGCCGCCCGAAUCAUCCUGGUUUCAACUACCCUCUGUCACGUCUCCACAGUUAGCCCUCCCUACCUCCUUUAUUUGGCCACAAAGGGUGCUAUCGAGCAGAUGGUUCGCGUUUUAGCUAAGGACCUGGGCCCGAAGGGAAUCACCAUCAACGCGGUCGCUCCUGGUCCGACCGACACUGAGAUGUUCACACGAGGCAAGUCAGAAUCUGUGUUGAACACCAUCAAGAGUCUCAUCCCGCAAGGACGCUUGGGUACACCUGAGGAGAUUGCGGAGUCCAUGGCAUUUUUCAGCUCUCCGGCUAGUGGUUGGGUCUCGGGACAGGUUCUGCGCCUUGUGGAAGCUAUGCGUGCAACGCGUCGAAAAUUGGAACAAAAGGAGAAGGAGAUCAUCGGCGCAUUCCUGGGAUAA